CGCCGGCGACGCUCUGGAGGGGAUAAGGGCGCUCCUCCGGCGCCUCGAGACCCUCCCCUGCCACUCCGCUCCCACUUGCCCCCUCUCUCCCUCUCACUCCCCCCUCCUCCAGAUCCAUCGCAGCCGACGCGCCCGUCACCAUGGCCGACCUCGCCUGCGCGCCCGUCGUCGGCCAGGAGGUGCCCUCGAGCUCCCUCGUCGCCCGCUUCGUCGUCCCCGACCGCGCUCGAGCUCGUAGCCACCACAUCGUCGAGACCGCGCCGUCUUCCACCUCCGGCCACCACGACGCUGCCGCUGCUCCGCCAUCCUCUGCUGCUCCUAAACCGCUCGCCGGCCUCCUUGCGCCGCCAGAUGACGGAUCCCAGGAGCCAGAUGCCACCACCGACGAGUACUACUACUACCCCGAGGGUUCUCGUGAUCACAUCCACCGGAGAGCUGGAUUAUCUGCAAGUAUUCCUUUGAAAGUAUAA